GACGGUCGUCGUCGUCGUUGUGGUGGUCACGUAUUAUUAUUUUAAUAAAAGACGUUCGCGGUGGCUGUGCAUACUCUAUACGAGCACSGAGCAUCAGUAGUGUAUCGCCGCAGUGAAACAGCGAUCGGUCAACCGUAUACGAAUCAUAUUAUAAUUAUUAUUAUUAUUAUUGUUAUUGUUAUUUGUUAUUACUUUGUUAGUUAUUACUUAUUACGGUCAAUUACGCGCGGUCCGACGGAAUUGUAAUAUAUUAUCAUUUAAUAACACACACGCAGAUACGCUUGUCCGCGGAUUAUAAUAUUGUAUAAUAUUGAAUUCUAAUAUUACCUAUACAGCUACUGCAACUUUAUAUAGCUACAGUCAUAGUGCCGGACGACAUUUCGAAUUUUGUUUUUCAUACUAUUAUUAUUUAUAUUUAAUUAUUAUUUUUUACUAGACCGGUUACUACGCACACGCACGCGCACACACACAUUUAUAUUUAUAUACAUAUAUAUUAUAUAUACUGUACCUAUAAUAGUAUACUAUAAUUAUGUGCUAGCUAUAUAAAUAUAGGUCUACCAACACAGCAGAAUCCUUCAGCCGGCCAAACGACGUAAAAUUAUUACUAAAUCAUGGAAGUUGAUGAAAACACGUAUUUACAACACAAACGAAUGAAAGUGUAUAGUUUAGAAACGAAUUCUAUCGUCGAGAGAAAAUGGUUUCUGGACUUGUUAACGUGCAUGUUCGGMGUGGGUGCUUGGAUACUGGUCAACAGCCUGUACACACAACUGCCAUUGCUCGUGCAGACCGCGCCCGAGGGAUGGAACUUGCCGUCGUACUUGUCGAUCGCCAUACAAACCGGAAACGUGGGCCCGCUGUUGUACAGCGCCUGGCGCCGGAAGUACGGCAACCGGUACGACAGGCMGCUGACGAUCGGCGUGCUCACUUCCGGCGUGGCGUCCGUGUUCCUGUUAGCCGGGUUCUAUGACGUUACGGGCGUCGUGUUCGGCCGACCACACAGCGUUGUGCUCUACGUUCUCACGUUCGCCGUGGCGCUGGUCGGGUGCACUAGUUCCGUUCUGUUCAUACCAUCUCUGGCCCGGUAUCCGGACAUAUACCUGGUCACGUACAUGGUCGGCGAGGGCAUCAGCGGUUUCGUGCCCAGCGCGGUCGCUAUCGUUCAGGGCGUGGGCACCACCACUUGCCGGACGGUAGUGUGGCCGGACGGGCUGACGUCUGAGGUGAAGUCGACGACCGACGCACUUUUCUCGAGCGGUCCGUUUUUCGUCGGCGUCGGGGUGAUAAUGUGUGCGAGCACGGCGUCGUACCUGUGCUUGGAGUAUUUGCCGACCUGCAAAAGAGAAAAGAUUCGGACGCCACCGGACGACGACGACGGCCAGCAGACGAUCGGCGUCGGCGGCACCGACAACCGCAGCCGUCGUCUGAGCGUUUCGCUGCUGGCCGUGCAAGGAGCGAUCGUGUUCUUCGCCAACGGACUGUUGCCCAGCAUCCAAUCGUUCUCGUGUCUGCCAUACGGUUACAUGGCCUAUCAUUUUGCGACAAAUCUGUCAAAUAUCGCUAACCCCGUGGCUUGCUUCGUGGCCUAUUACACGAAUCGAACGUCCAAAACUGUAAUUUACACGCUGUGCAGCAUUUGCUUAGUGUCCACGUUGUACAUGCUGAUGACCGCCUUUAUGAGUCCAUCGCCUCCAUUACGCAAUUCGACCACUGGAAUAAUCUUGAUCGUUUUUAUGUGGGUUUUAUUCUUUGGAUGUGCCUCUUAUGUUAAAUUGUCAAUAGCUGCAGUACUGCGAAAUGAAGGUAAUAGAGGACUAUUUCUUUAUGGUUGCAUCACUCAGAUUGGAUCAACAGCAGGAGCAUUGAUUGGAUUUUACUUAAUUAACAUUGUACAAUUGUUAAAAUCAUAUGAACCUUGUUGAAGGGUUUAAUUUUAAAUAAUAUAAUUAUAAACGUUCCUUUUAACAAUUAAUAAUUUUAUUGAAUUAAAGAAU